AUCGCGUUUCCCCACCAUUUGGCGCACCCGUCAUCGGUCGAACACCACACCUGCGUCCAUGGCGGGAGGCAGGGGAGCCCGCGCCAGCCUCCACCUCCACCUCGCCUGGCUCUGCGCCUUCGCGACCACCGCGUGGGCGCAUGGCGGUGGCGGCGGCGGGGGCGAUUCUGACGCCGACGCCGACGGCGGCGGCGAGGGGAAGCCGGACCUGCGGGCGCGGGGGCUGGUGGCGGCGAAGCUGUGGUGCUUGGCGGUGGUGUUCGCCGGGACGCUGGCCGGCGGCGUGUCCCCCUACUUCAUGCGGUGGAACGAUGCGUUCCUGGCGCUGGGCACGCAGUUCGCGGGGGGAGUCUUCCUCGGCACCGCCAUGAUGCACUUCCUCGCCGACGCCAACGAGACUUUCGCCGACCUCCUCCCCGGCACCGCCUACCCCUUCGCGUUCAUGCUCGCCUGCGCCGGCUACGUCCUCACCAUGCUCGCCGACUGCGCCAUCUCCUUCGUCGUCGCCCGCGGCGGCGGCCGGACCGAACCCGCCGCCGCCGCCGGUGCAGGGCUGGAGGAGGGUAAGCUGAGCAGCACAAAUGGCAACGCCUCUGACCCACCAGCAGCUGAUGCGGCGGCGCAAGACCACUCCGUGGCGUCGAUGCUGCGGAACGCGAGCACGCUCGGCGACAGCGUGCUGCUCAUCGCCGCGCUCUGCUUCCACUCCGUCUUCGAGGGCAUCGCCAUCGGAGUCGCCGAGACGAAGGCUGACGCAUGGAAGGCGCUGUGGACGAUCAGCCUGCACAAGAUCUUCGCGGCCAUCGCCAUGGGCAUCGCGCUGCUCCGGAUGCUGCCGGACCGGCCGUUCCUCUCCUGCUUCGGCUACGCCUUCGCCUUCGCCGUCUCCAGCCCCGUCGGCGUCGGCAUCGGCAUCGUCAUCGACGCCACCACGCAGGGCCGGGUGGCCGACUGGAUCUUCGCCGUCUCCAUGGGCCUCGCCACCGGCAUCUUCAUCUACGUCUCCAUCAACCACCUCCUCUCCAAGGGCUACACCCCGCUGAGGCCCGUCGCCGCCGACACGCCGGCGGGGAGGCUGCUCGCCGUCGUCCUCGGCGUCGCCGUCAUCGCCGUCGUCAUGAUCUGGGACACCUGAUGCCGCUCAUGAUUUCGGACGUUUGUUGGUUCUUGCAGGAAUGUGUGUGUGUAGUAAGUUCGUCGUGAAAUUAGCAUGUGUAAAGUUUGUGCCACUCCAACCAAAGUUUCAGGAUUAUUUAUAGCUUUGAAUAUAUCAUCAACGCUGGGGCACCAUUGUUUUUGUUUCCAUGGAUUUUGGGGGUAAGAAAUUGACCAAAAUUUAAGUUCGAAUGCAGAUUGUCAAA